AUGGAGUGUGGUGAAAAUGUGGAAGGUGGUCGUACUUCGCCGUCUGGCAACUUAAGUUCUCCGCGAGAACGUUCGAAUAGUGAUCCAGGUCGACCAGAAAGAACAAUUGUAAUGAAUGGAGGCAAUACUGUGCCCACAAGAAGGGCGCCAACCUUUUUAAAUGCUGCGGAAGUUGAUAGUUCUAACGUUCAUGGUGCCCGCUCAAGCCCGGCUACACCUCCUCCAGAACGACGCAACAAACUAGCUUUUAGUAUCAGCAGAUUAUUUCGUCCGUGGAAAUGGCGAAAGAGAAAGAAAAGCCAGAAGUUUAUUUCAACCUCGCAAAGUAAGAGAUAGUCAUUUCAGUUCCUUCUUUGUUUGUUGAUUCUCACGGAUGACAGAAAUUGAUUAAGUGUAAUUCACUGCUCGCUGAUGAAAAUUUAGAAAACGUUAAUUUCGUCUUCAUGGGAAUAAGCUUAAGCUUAUAAUAACUCAAGCCUUCAACAGGACUUGAUCCAAUUCAUAUUGGAUUGCUUGCUUGCUUAUAAAAGAUACAAAGGCGUUGUUAAUUAUUAAGGUUAAGUGUCCAAGGAAGCGGGCUUGUCUUCGUUUCCUUACAUCUCCUCUCUUUUUUUGCAUUUACGUGGGUAACGUACAAAUAUUUAUGUUUGACAUACAUUGCCACGCUCGUCAGCAGAGUACCUCAGACGAAGAAAAUGUUUUAGAAUUUUCGUGUAUUAAAUUCCGGGUAAAGCGCAAAGGCGCGUAAUAUUUAUGAGAACGAAUUCACAAAUUGAAAGUGUCCAUUUGGUACGAUGAACGCUGAAGCUGAGCAGUGAAAGAAAUUUUCCCUCGAACUCCUGUUGUGCACGGUUUCGAAGUAAUCUUACCCUGGACGGUUUGCAUCCUGGGGUGUUAAAUUUUGAAAUAUCAGCCGCAAAAGAUUUAUUCUUGUAUGAUAAUUUCAAAUUCAUCAGGAAAAUCACACAUUUAUUUUAUCGAAGUUAAAUAUCUGAGAACAAGUUUGUAUGAAUCCUGUUUCGAUAGGUGAUUGAUUACCAGCAAUAAUAUGAAAUUUUAAGAAGUCGUAGCCUUUUCGAUCGUAGAUUCCAACUGCUUGGUUCUGGUUGUGUUUGUACUCAUGCCUAUGGAUUAAUUAAUCACGCAGAAUCAAAGCGUCUUGAAUACUUGUUGUUUUGAAAGAAUCUUGAUAUAGUUAGAGGUCAAUGAUAUAUCUGUUAGGUCGCCACUACACGAUACUAAGACUGCUAAUUCUUUUUAAUCCCAGUUGUCUUGUUCUAGAUUAUUGAAAGUUUGAUUCGAAACAUUUUCUCAGUUGUCUUGGUCUUUAUGCUAUUUAUUUCUGCCAAGAAAUAUUUUGACAUUAUUUGUUGUUGCAUUGUCCAUUUUUCUGGUGGAGCUCUCUGUCUCCAAGCAACUACUUUAAAGAACUAUUUUGAUGUGUGCAAAUCAUGAUCUAUUGGAUUGAGCUUAACAGAUAGCUAAUCAUUUGGAUAGAUCUCUUCUAGAGAUGUACUAGAGAUGUCAACUAUUACCUUGUCUGGAGCUUUAUUGGAUUUUUAAAUGAAAUCAUUCAAAAAUAACAGGAUUAUAUUGAAACUUAGUCCUCAUGGGAUUAUGUGAUUUGUAUGUCAUAUUUUCAUUAUUGUGAGCAAAAGACAUUUCUUUCUUGAAGUAACAGUGCUAUGAAAAAACAGAUGAAUGCACGCCACCAAAAUUUUUGAUAAAUAAUAAGGUUAGAGACAGCAAGCAAAAGGAGGACUGAAGUUUAUUUCACUUUAUCUGAACUAUCCUUUUACAGUAUUCCAAUAAAGAACCUUGCUUGUUCAAAGAAAUUUUGUGGUAAAUCAGUAUCAACAUAUUUCUCUCAUUCCACCUGUUGCCAGAAUUUUUUCUUUUGGCAGGAGAUUUUUGGAUAUUGCAUACAAUAAUGCUCAAAUUAGUUUUCAGCUUCAAACACUGGUACCUCCUUUAGGCUAAAAAUGUUAAUUAUGUGCCCCCUUUGAAAAAAAACAACCAAUCCUGUCAUUGUCUAGGGAGGGUGUAAAUUGCAGGUUACAGGUUGUAAGUUGCGUAGUCGCAACUUACAGAAUGCUUUAGGAACACUUUAUGGGUACUUUUUUGAGAACAAAUGUAAAGUCAUUGUUGUAUGUAGUAAAAAGUUUGUGUUAUGCGUAAGCUGCACAAAUUGAGUUUGAGCCACAAAAUUGCUUUUUUUCUCUUGCUUUUGAUAUUGGUUAGUCUGUAUGUCAUGUUUCCCUGUUUAUUGUUACAGGUUUUGUUCUUUUAAACCAAGACAAUGUGACCUCCCCUUCUUUGAACUUGGAAAACUGAAUAUCCCUGGUUGCUUAUUAUGUAGACAUUAUUGACUGAAGCUAAGUAGGAUGUGAAGAAUUCUGCAGAGUGAGGUGGAUAACACUCUCUGAGAUCUGCAGAAUUCUACAUAUCCUACAAAUGCAGAAUUCAAUAAUUACUUUAUUGUUCAUUCAAAAUAGUUCAAGUUUCAAAACAAGCUAAAACAUUCUUACCUCUGUCGAUCUAUGUUAAGUUCAUACUGAUAGUGCAUCUUUGUCGGGAAGUUUAGGAGAUAAAGGGCUCUUAAGGUCUGCAAAUAUACUCCAAAUAGCAGAUGUCGUUCAUGGCUUUGUCUUCUUGCUGUUGUUGCUAUGGUCUUAGACAAUAGUUUGCCUUAAAACGAGUAAAAAGUUUCACUAUUACUCACUUUGAAAACAACUCACUUGUCCCCAGGUCUUCUCGGUUAAUGGUUCAGUAAUCUGCAACUUUGCUGCUCUUUUGAGAUCACCGGUUCAAUAUGACAAAAUUCUUCCAGAUUUAGUCAACAGUAACUGGUUAUGAUGAAUUAUGUGUGUGAUUUUAGCCAAAUAGAAAUGAAAAAAUAUUUGGAAUGAAUAAUAAUGUAUAAUAUUUCUGGCUAACAUUGUUAUAAAGUUCAGCCUAAGCAAAAAUGGAUUUGGAUGUUUGAACAUAUUAAUUUUUUGAGUUAUUUUUCCUGUCAUUGUUCAGACGAACUCGACCUAAAUGACAACAACCACAGUUUUAUUCAAAAGAUGAGUAAUAAAAUUAUUCGAAAGCUUUUCACCCACUUGUCGUAUAAGCCAUAGUCAAGGUGCACUUAAGAGGAAAAGUUUCAAAUUUACUAGACUGAAAUCAUGUACAAACAAUCAUUUCUUGGUUUUGCUGUGUAAAGAUUAGACCUGUCUACCAAUUUCUUUUUGAGUAUUAAGAAUUAGCAUUGUUGUUGUUUUUUGAUUAAGUUUUCGUCCCACUGCUGUUAAUUAUUUUUUUAUCCCUCUUGUUUCUUUACAGAUCUGGAGAGAAAACUGUCUAUGCGUACAAACAAAGAGGAGUUGAUUAGAAAAGGAAUUCUUCCUGUGACAAGUGAAGGUAAUAUUCUUUAAGAUGAUUAAGACUCGUGGGAGAAGUUCUAAAAUUUUCGAUAAUUUAGUUAUUAAUGUUUAAACCCAUCAACAACAGAUGGCUUCGGGCUGAAGGUGAAACUGAAAGGAACUGCAAUUGAGCCUGCAAGGUGACCAUGACAACCCUGUUAGCAACACCCACUAGACACCAUCACACUAAGAAAUGUUGAAUGUAUUGACUCUAUUUAAGUGGACACCUUCGGGACCUUCCGAAGUGUCUGCUUAAUAGAGGUUUGUAAAAACUGGACAAUGUUUGUCAAUGAUUAGCAUUCAACAGUUACGCUGUACUCUGAUAAAGUUCCAUGUUGUUAAGGAACCUAAGAAAGCUGUGCUGUACUUUGCGCAAGACGUUUACAGUGCAGGCCAGAAUUAAGCGAACAACGCAGAGACAUAAACGUGUCAGCUUGGACGCAUCAACGCAUCUGCGCUGAUGCGCACAUAUUUGCCUGACGUGUUCAUCUGACUUAAAGUCAGAUGAACACGUCAGGCAGGAAGAUUUGUCUUUUGUUAUGCACUAUAACAGCUUUGCUUCAUGUGGCGUUGUUAUGAUAAACAAAUUCUCAGGUUUGAGGUAGCUCAAUAAUCCCUUGUUUAAUUAAGUGCACAAAGGACAUACAUCGAAAUAAAUUCCGUGAUGUGGUUUCCGCUUUAUAUUAUGCAUUAACACACCAGAGGAACACCAGCUGUUUUUAGAAACUUGAAAAUAAGAGCCUACAUUUUAUUAAACAGCGACGAAAUUCGUGUUAAAGAAAUGGACGUAUGAGAAUAUCAAUUUAUUAUUGCUCGCUUAAUGCUGGCAAGUAAAUAAGAACUACUAACCCGAUGACGAAUGAAUGUCUUCGUUGCAUGAUACAGAAUACUGGUUGAAUACUCUUUUUUAAGUUUUUGCUUCCCGUGUGUACAUGACAAAAUGAAAAUCAGAGCGCUAGCCUGCAUUUAACAAUGACAAAAAUUGAUAUGGAAUAAAUUUGCAUACAUGUACGCACAAGAGAGUAUGCAUUUCACGCUAAAAUAAACAAGUGGAAAUAUUUAUAUAGCUAGCUAACCAAUUAAUGAAUCGAUAUCAGAAAUCCCUUUUGCUUCAUGUAAAAGUGUAGUUUAAGGUUUGCUCACCCUCAUAUUUUGGAUCCUUCUUUCCUUGUGUAACCCGGAAAACAAAAAUACAAGGUAAUUGUAAGCUUUGCUGAAAUGUAAACAAACGGCCGUAAAGAAUGUUCAGCCUGCGAUGCUCGAGAUCUUAACAUAAACUUGCUGACGUAGAGACAAUGUAUAUGGUUUCAUUUCUCACUAAAGUCGGUCUAGACUGCGAGCAGUCUCUUAUUUUUCUUUGCAAAGUUACUGCAGGCAAAACCUAAGCGCGCGAGCGGUGAAGCCGCUUGCCACGAGAAACGAAGGCGUAAGCCCGAGAAGAAAAAAUAAGAGACUGCUGACUCCUUUGUUCUGUCUGGGGACAACGAAGCUGUCAAGGUAAUUUGAUCAAUCAAUAAUUAAACCCGAGUAACUUGAAACGAUUCAUAAAUAGAACAUAAUCAACUGAAAAUAUUACACUUUCUUUAAAUCCGGUAAGAUUGCCUCGAAUUCGUUUCCCUUGAGGAAAUUUACAGCAGUUUCCUUCUGUAAGAUAUCCUUAAAAGUUUUAUUACUGAGAUUACUGCUUGGUUCGCUAUUGUUUGCAGUUGUUUGUGACGCAUGACUAUUUUUAUUGCUUGCAAUCUCACCACAGACCAGUCAAUGAUCUGUCAACAGUUGUGCAGUUGACCAAUCAGCAACUGCGGUUACUCCGUUUCUGGGCUGAUGGAGGGUUUGUUUACUACAAAAGAGUCAGCAGUCCGUCUUUCCUAGUCUCGUCUAUAUAGAUCAGGAACUAGAUGGAUUUUAAGAGAAAAGGCGGACUGCAAGCAGUCUUAAGUCGGUCAGGAUCUAAAAUUUGUGUUAGAACUUUUUAUCAUAGGCUCGAUGUGUAAUUUUUAAAUCAAAAGGUCUCUCUUUUAUCUUCCCAGUGAAAGAGUAAUCUCUCACUGCACUGUCAACCCAGGCUGUAGAGCACGUGCGAUUAUCACGUGUCACUGCUAGUGUGUUCUAAAUCAACAUUAUUUUGAUAGUGGUAGUGCUGGAAGUUUAAUAUUUUGGAGCUUCUCAAAAAUUUUUUGAGAAUUUACGUGAAAACCUGAAAUAUAGUAAACACGCAUCUUCAGUUGAAGUUUCAUUGAUGUCUCUAAAAACACUGACAGCAACAACAAGAAAGGAAAAAUUUUUGUCUUUAAGUGUGCGCCGCCAAGAUUCGGAUAAAUAAUGUCCAUUGCUUGUCAUUGUGGCGUUGCAAAUGAAAAUUUUUGCUCGGUUUUCUACAAGGACAAGCUAAAUUUAAUAUCCCUUGUUUUAGAUCAAUUUUCAAGCACUCACCGCGUCGGCCAGACGACAAGCCCUAGUAAUGCGGUGCGGAGGACUAUAAUAUUUGUAACAUCUCCAGAUCUGUUGGGUCUUGAAAGUUCGUAUUCAAACGUGCCAGCAAUCCUUUUUAGUUUUAAAGACUUCAUUUCAUGACAAAAGCUUCAUCGAUGCACAUAGCAAUCUACUAACUAUAGUCUCAACGUCAACAAGGAAGAUCUUGUCUUUGGCUUUUGAUAUCGAUUGUGAUUUCUCUGAUGUGGACUGCAGUCCCGCUAAAAGAAGAAAAGAAAAUGUCACACAUUCCGUUUCUUUUGAGAGCUGGAAAUUUUAACUCAAAUUUAUGACCAUCUACUCCACAUUCAAAUAGCUAAAUGGGAAGAUUCUUGUGUUACGGGUGUUUUCUUUGGCGUCUCUUGUGUUUGUUGUCAGUGAGUUCACGAUUUGCGAAGUGAUUAUUAUGUAUGAUAAGUAAAGAAUUAAAUGCAAAAUUGUCUUAUCUCCAGUGUAAUUAAAGUGUAACGUAUUUGUAGUUUAAACAUAUGUACAUUAUUUUGCUAGAAUACUUCGGAGAUAUGUUUCAAUGGGAAUCCGUUGUAAGUUCCGUGUCGCAUGUUGCAUGUAAAAUAUUUUUAGCGUGUGCCGAUCCGGGAGUUUCUUGCUUGUCGGUGAAACAUUUACACCUGUAAACAAAGAGAUAGCUCAUACAUACUAAUGAGUCUAAAUGUGCACUAAAUGCAUUUCAGAGCAGACGUGUCGGUGUGUCAGCCUGAUGCAUGUUCGCAUCUGGUCUGACACAUGGACUCGUUUUUCCAGAAGUGUAUUAUGCAUAUAUUUUGGUUUGCUUAAUUCUGGCCUGCAUUCUAGGUGAACUUUGAUUGCGGAUGACAAUCAUAUGACCCGAUAGUGGUCUAAUCUACAGUUUAUUGACAGCUAAAUGUAUUGAUUUAUCUUUAUUAAUGGACUACAGUACGUAUUUCAAGGACAUAAUCCAAUACUGCUAUUGUCAAUUCAGUCCGGUGUCCUCUUAAUAGAGGUUUUUAAAAAUAGAAGUUAGCCAAUUGUCCGCUUAAUAGAGGUGUCUUCUGAAUAGGAGCUCAUUUUAAAGGGAAAUAUAAGAUGUUUAUUUCUGGACCAGGCUUAGUGUCCGCUUACUAGAGGGUGUCAGCUUUAUUGGGGCUCCGCUUAAUAGAGGUUUCACUGUACUUACUAAAAAAUAUCCAGAGGAAAGGGUGGGGGGUUGUGGGCAAAAACAGCGAAAGCUACAUUUACUGCAGACAAAAGCUGGGGGAGUAAAAUGAUUGACUACAGCAAAAGAACUGGAAGAUUUCUAAAUCCCUGCUAAAGUCUAUGACCACCCCACGUACGCCAACAUUAAUAAGUUGACUGGUCACAACACCUAACAUUGCCCAUGCUGAAAUAUCAGACCCACUGCAUCUUUAACUAAGUGACUUUUCAUAUCUUUAGAUUGUGACUGUCCAAAUGGGUAACCAUAUCACAGGUCAAAUUUUUAUAACAGGUCAAUUUUGAUUUAACCUACUUCUAGCCCUAGUAGACAAAAGAAAAUUGUGACUUACCCUGGUACAAAAAAUUAAUCUGAUCAAAUCAAAUGCGACAUAUACAAUGUAACAACUCUUAUGUCUGCUAUUUGUUCAUCAGUGUUUGUGUUUGAUAACUGGAUGCCUUUAAAUACUGGACCAGAGCUAGAACCAAAAAUCAAGUUGUACUUCAGUUGGAAUUGUUGAUACAGUGACCUGCUUAGUGAGGGGAGAAAAAAUUGGUCUCUAAGAAAACGUUUUUGACCAGUUUAAACUGACCUUUCUAGGGAAAACAACCCUUGACUUUCAUUACAGAUUUUUUUUCCUUUUCCUGAGCAUUUAAAAGGCUUCAUUUUGGUGGAAAAUUGUUUGAGAAAACUUCUAGGAUUUUAGGAAUAGUUUGAAGGAAGUGGUAAAGUGAGACAAGAUUUUUGAGUCAUUCUUACUUGCUUUUUUGUGUUUGCUUUCUCUGGCAUUUUCGACUGAAUUUGCUCAUUUGCUUAUGAUUGAAAUAUCCCAUCACCCUGCACUAAUUAAAUUUAAGUGUUGUCUGUGACCGUUAAAACUGAUGAUGUCACAUAUGGUACAAGGGAUUUCGGAAUACACAAAGGCUGUUACAGGUUUCAAAAGCUUAAACCUAGAAAAUAAACAAAAAGAAACUGUUAGAUUAUUAUGAAUUCCUUCCAUUUAGAUUUGUUAUCCAAUGAAUGCUUUAAAUGUUUUAUGUAUUAUUGUAUGUCAGUGAAGGUUACUUUACUUACAGAUGUCUACAAGGCUAAUUUAUUGCUGCUCAAUGAACAUUUUCAAUAGCUCAUUGCAGCUGCAGUUAAUAACAAUGUUUUAUGCAGGCAUGUCACUACACUUAGGUUUAUAAAUUCAUAGAAGGGGAUUUGAACAGCAACAAAGUGUUUCUCAGACUGGUUCUGUUUUCGUUUUGUUUUGUAUCAAUGUAUCAGGGGCAAUUUGUGUCUUUAAUAGCUAGGGGAAAUCCAUGGUUCCCAGUCCUCAGCCCUUAGCCCUGUUCUUUUUUUAGGCAGAGUGAUAAUAAACCAUUUUACAGUUUUGGGCAAACUUAGUAACCUAGCCUCUAAGCGAACAUGAGGCUAAGAUUGGCCUUGUUUUAAUACAAACCUCCUUUCAUUUGUUAUGGAAAUUUUGCCAAAAAAUUUCCGUUAAAAGGAGAACAUUAUGUUUUGCAUAUUAAAGGAGAGAGGGUCAUUGAUGUCAAUAAAAUGGUCAACUCUAGCGUCAUCGUCAGCUGUCACUGUAAAAUGGCUUAUUAACACACUAUGACAAAUGCAUUCUUUUUUUUUUUCAGAAAAGGAAAAUGAGAAUAGUGAAGCAGUGGAUGGUCAGUGUAAUGGUCCUUCUACUGCAAAUAAGAUUUCUCCUGAGAAUGAUGCUUCGCAGCAGCCGCCUCUAACACAGCGAGGAAAUGUGUUCACAAGCAGUGAAGUGAAGAAAGAUCUGCCAGUGAAACAGCUGGACAAAAUGAGUAUGAUGGAUCAAUUAGCACAGGAGCUUGGUAAGAAACAAAAGCUUUAUCAGCUCAAACAGCUUGUCAGAAGCUGCUGCAUUGUUUCAACAAUUUUUAUUGUUUGAGAGUUUCAGUCGACUAAGAGUUGAGACACAAAGCACAUUCAUCUGAGUUUUUAAUGAUCAGAAGCUUUAGUCUUUAUACAAGUAGAUAUGUGGAACUGUUAUCUUUUGUUUUCUUUGAUCAAUACUUGAGAAGGCAUAGAUGUAGAUGCCAUAAACCUUGAUUUACUGGUUUACUGUGGUUUUCUUGAACUAAAACUGAAACAACAGAAACAAAAUGGAUUGUACCUUAACAAACUAACUUGAUGUAAAUUGAUAAACAUUGUGUGUGUAUUGGGAAAAGUACUUGUAACAAAUUCAGACAAGGCUGUGCUCUAGCAAAGCCUCACUAUUGUUCGUGGGUGACUAAAAAAUCUUACAUGAAUAAAAUAGAAAUCAUAUGCUGGGCACCCUGAAUUUUGCAGGUUCAGGAAACUAAGGUUCCUUCAAUUUUUCUUAGAGCACAGUCUUAUCAGACCUUGUGGACAAUAGAGUGCAUUCUUGAUAUCAAGUCUCUAAUUUUGUAUCUUGAUGUUUAGCUCGACGGAAUACAGGAGAGAGUUCAACAAUUGAAAAAACCAUCCUCAAGACACAGAAUAAUAGACACUGUACCACCAACACCCAACAUCCCAGGUAGACUAUCAUGAGUUCCAUUAUUGAAUAGUUGACUUUCUUUUUUGUACUUCUUUUUAGGCUGCCAAUUGAGCAAUCAAAUGACACCAUUCUAGGUUGAGGGCUGGUGCACAAUAUACCAAGUGAAUAACAAGAGUUAAUCACAAAGAAAUCACAAUGAUCUCAAGCCCUUACUCAAUAACAUAAUAAACUUCACACAACAGAACCUCCCAGUUAUUGUGACGGGAAGGGGGAGGGUUGUGGGUGGAGGUGGGUGCAUAUUCCAGACUGGGCACUUGUUUUUCCUGAGGGGAGGGGGUGUCUGUACACAGGCUAAUAUAAAAUCCCCAUCUGAAUGUUCAAAAUAAGUUACCGGUAAGUAAGCACACAGAGAGUAAUCUCAAAGGCACGUCAGGUUAUACUUUUCUCUAAGCUGGUUGCAUGGGUAUCUGGAGAAGAGAUACUUUUCAUUACAAAGCUGCUCUCAAGGACAGAUUUGCUGAUUAUUUUAUCUCCAUCAUGAUCCUUUGUUCGUUUAUGGCGCAUUUGAAUAUAUUUAUAUAGAUAUUUGCACCUUAUAAGUUUUUGAAAUUAAUUAAUUAUGAUCCUUCAGAUUUGUGGUAGUUCAAAGUGUUGGCAAGGAUGGUAACAGACAUGAAGGCCAAGAGAAAGAAACCAGAUGGCCUGGGAGUGUAACACAUGAUAGUAGCAGCUAUUCCAGCUCUGAUGAAGAAGAGGAAACACAUGGUGUUGUUACAGGUAAUAUCGCUUUAAUAUGACUUGUACAGCGUGCAAAGAAAGUAGUCAUGUGUCUGAUAACCUGGGGCUAGAUGAUUUUGCUAUCGGGCUAGCUAGUGAUAAAUGAAGUUUUUGGGGGGAAUUCAAAUCACAGAAGAACUGUAACCAAUGCUCAUCAAAAUUUUUUUUCCAGGCUAGUUGAAAUGACUUUUGGGCUAGUACGUGCUAGCUACAACUUGCUCAAAUGGCAAGCUUCAAAACUGACUUUCUUUACACCCUGCUUGUACCUGGCUGCACCUGACCUUUUGUUUCUCUGCUAAGUAAUCAACAGUAUAGGCCAGUUCAAAAUAUACUCUGUAAUACUCUUCAAUGCAAGGCUUAACCUGAUGAGCAAAUAAGACACUGCAACAAUCAGGCUUAGAUGAAGCACUACCCAAAAUGAUGUUGAAAAUAUGACAGUAACAUUCUGUCAUUUCCUGCAGUGGCCUAUUGAUGUACUAUAUAAUAUGAAUUUAGAAGGUCAUUGCUAUGGUAAAAUUAAGUGAAUUCAUUAUGCAAAUUAAAAAUCAGUCUUCUAGAUAAAUUUGAUUUCGCAUAUGACAUUUCAAAUUUUGAACAGAGAGCUUGUUUAGAAUAAAUCUUAUUAUUAUUAUACCUUUUUUAUUGGUAUGUAACUUAAGAUGACUGGAAAAAAUAAGUUAGAUCAUCAUGUCACUGAAGACGAAAAGGCAGGGCUUCAAAUAAUGGCCAGUCAAUGGACAAUGUCCAGUCAGAAUUGGGUAUUGAAUGGACGAAUCCUUGGAUUGCAGUACAUGUUGUCCAAUUAUUUACUCGUUCAAAGAAAUUUUAAUUCUUUACUACUUGAUAAGAAAGAGGGACAACAUUUAUGUUUCCGAAACAAAAAUAAAAUGAUACUAGACAAAUUAACGGUUAAGAAAUUCCCAGUAGUCACAAAUUUCCACGAUGUCUUCUCAAACUCAUUAAUUAUUCAUGUAAUGAUGACCCAAUCAGCUUGCAUCAAUUGAGUCAGGUGCAUGUAUUUUGAUACUUAAUGAACAUACCAAUCAAGACACAUUUGAUUAGUUCACUUCUCCCAGAUUGUUGCUUCUUCUUGCUUGCUCACAAACUCCUUCUCCUCCUCUUGCACUUAAUGUGAAGCCCUUCCCGAACGCCAUUCUUCAUCUCGGCAUCUAAGCAACAUCGGAACAAGACAAACCUUUGAAAAACAACACACCAAAUUCAAUUCCCAAAACAGUGCAUUUUAAAAUUCUGAACAAUGCGGUCUAAAAGUUGUCAAUUACCUUUUGUCACUAGCGUCCAGAGGAUUCAAAGCUUCGGAUCCAUUUUUCUCCUCCAAAUAAUGCUUGAGCACACAAAUGAUACCAUAAACAGUCUUGGGAGGGUAUCUUCCACCGAACUUUUUAGCUACCUCCAUCACGAAUUUUGACAACCAACAGUUCAGCAACGGAGCAUCCAUUCCGGCAAUAUUUGCGCUCAGAGUGGUAACUUUGUGUAAAUCGUAGUCCUUGAAGAGACCACCACAAUCUAAUACCUGCCCGUCCAUUAUUUAAGUUCUGCUUAAAGGGGGUCAGUUCAAAAUAAAAUUUUGUUUAGCAGACAAAUUUACAACGAGAGAUAAUUUACUGAAGUAAAGGCCUGUAAUUUCAUUCUGUCAAUUCCGAAUUUUUCCUCCUUGUUUAAGUGCUUGUGGUGACUUUAUAUUCAGGUUUAGUCUGUUGAAAAGUUAAUUUUGUCUGGUGGAGUAAUUUUUGCAGGAGUGUAUACAAUAGAAUAUCAAUUUCUUUAAGUGUCAUGUUUUUUAAAAUUCCAAAUAAUUAAAAAACUGGGAUUCCUCUGUUUGUGAAAUUUCUAUUCUGUUUUGUCGCUGACUUUGUUCAUAUGAAAACUUGAUUUAAAAAAAUAUAUCAAGAAAUUCACUCAAAUAAAUUGCUCUUUAUCCAUGUUGUUUUCCAGGUCUAGCCUCCAAGCUGAAGAGGAAAGAUAGUUUAGCUCUAAAGCUUAAAAGCCGACCAAGUCAAAGUGAACUUGAAGCCAGAAACAUACUUCCAAGUAAGUCAUGUUAUGAAGCUUUUCAGCUGCUGAUAGGUUUGUUUGAAAGUGGAUCAUAACAAUAAUUUUAUUUUUUUUUUCUUUACCAAUGAGACAUGUUAACAAACGUGUUUAGAGAUGAACUCCUACUUUUACCAAUUUAUUGUUUUGAUUUAAAGUGUUUGUUUUAAAGACUGAGUUUCUUUGCUUUUCAUCAUAAUAAGAGUAAUCAAGUGCUUUGAUUUCGAUUCACCAUAAUGUGAUUUGUAGUGGCAGUUUCUCUGUUACACUCAUCAUGUCUAAAACUUUAAAUAUUUUCUUUUUGGAAAGCUCUUUGAAGGUUUCCUGUGCGUAAGAUAUUUUCAUUACAUUUACGUUCAUGCUGUUAAAAUCCUCUGACCUGAAACAUCGUACAUUUUGCUUAGGGGAGGUUUGUGCUUAUACACUGUAUAAAACACAGCUUAAAUUUUGGAAGAAUUUCUGUUUGACUGGAGGUCGCUUAAUUUUAUUGUUGUACUGGUACAAAGGUGUUAAGAAAUAAAUCACAGAUGAAUUCCAGAAAUCUGCAGUCAUGUAAUGAUUGAUGUUGAUAAUGGUUAAGUAAUUGUGUCUAUGAAUCCUGUAGGGUUUCUUUUGUAUUAAAUUCCUUUAAUCUGAUAGGCUUAAAGUAUUGAUUAAAAGUAAGCAGCAAGUUUAUUUCUUUUUUUUGGUACAAAUUUUAAUUAACAUUCAGUUGAUUUUACAGCAUUUGAUAAGUGAUCUGAUAAGUUCAGAAAGAUUUUCAAAACCCUCUGUAUAAGUUGGGAGGUAUGAUCUGAAAGAUAUUUUCUUUCUGCAUAAAAUAGUAGCUUUUUAAACAUAUGACAGUGGUUCAAAAACACCUGUCUUAAUGCUGAUAGUUUCAAUUAACCAUCUCUCCAAUUAGAAACAAACAGCUAUUCUUUAUUGCACCUGGUGUCUUGAACAAACUAAAAAAUAAUGUCAUAUUGCAUGAAUUAUCUGUCUGAUAUCAGACACGGUUUCUACAUUUAUGUCAAAUUUUAUCCAAUAUGAUAGCCUAAUGACCUGUCUUCAAUUCUGGAGUAUGUUGUUUAUUCAACAAGUUGUCUCUUUAGUUGGGCAAUCUCAGGCAGUGAUUCUGGAUUUAAGUAAGUGUGUGACAGACUCUUUCAGAUAACCAGCUUUUUCCAAUGUUAGCAGUCUAGUACAGUAUAUAUAUACUUUUAAGACAGAUUGCGGCAAGGUUUUAUUAAUCAUUAAGGUUAAGUGUGACAAUCUUAAAUCGAGUUCCUCUUGAUGACCAAUCUUUCUGUAUAUAAGACAUAUUCAGCAAAUUUUGACAACUCUGUUGGUUUAAUAAUCAUGAUAGGUUUCUGAUCUCAGUCUUAAGUUUUUUCCAUUUAGUAUUUUAACCUCAAGAUAUUUGGAUUAAUUAGUGGUUUUGUGGUCAUCUUACUUGCCUGUCAACAUGGUUAAGAACUUACACGAAUGCAGGUGACCCAUAACCUUAUUUGCAGAUGGAUCCCGCUGGUGCUAAUGUGUUAUUCCCUACAGUUUCAGUAGUGUUAUAAGCUUUUGUUGGUUCCAGGUUAAAAUGAUUUUACCUGGGUUGAUUCUCAUAUUUCUGUGUCUCCUACCGCUAAGAGACAAAGGAAACUGAGAAUCAACCUGGGUUAAAUCAGAAUUAACCUGAAAUAGAAUUUGUCCUUUGACAUAUAUUUACCAUAAAGGCAAACUUAGAACAGUAUUAAAACAGUUUUUAAUAGUUUGUAUCAAGGAAUUUGGGUGCUUAAUUCAGUGGUGCUCAGAAAGAGGUGAAAAAUUGUUAAUUGGCAAUCUUAUGAAAAUGUCAUACAUAAUUUAAAAAAAGUUUGUGUUGGCAUAUGAAGGAAAUAAAGCUCCUCAUAGGUUUACUGGAAGAGCAAAUUACUGGUAAUCUUUCAACUGCCCAGCCUUAAUUUUCAGAAUAAUUUCACAAUACUCUAGGUUUUGGCAGAUAUGUAUUGUACAAUACUCUUGUUUAUUGCAUAUCCGUUAAAUACUGCUAGUCUUCAUUAGGCAAUGGUGUUGUUUUUCUCAGAGGGACUAAUAUAUAAAUUUAGCCAGGGUUAAAAGAUAAGAUCUUGUAAGUACACUUAUAGUUUGCUAAAGCCAAAAAUUAAGUCAUGUAAUGCUAAAUGGUGAUGGCAUCGAGAACGCCAAAUAAAUCAUUAGGUCUGAUCGGCAAACAAACAACUUUGCACGUGCAGCACACUUUUUUGUACAUUUUUUGAGGCCGUUUUGCACGACUGCGUUGUGAAACUUCCUAGUUACACGUUUUGUAGGAAAGAAGGUGUAUGUGUUCCUGUUCAUUUUUUUUUCAACUGACGUUCAUGCCAGUUUAAAACAUUUCUCAUUUUGUCAUUUCCCCAUAAAAUUGUCAUGUCUUCCUUCGAAUGAAAUUCAUCUCCUCUGAUUUUUUAUCUCUCACUGUGUUUUCAUUCUCAGCGAGCUUAGUUCUGACACAAUCAUCCAUACAUUUUGUUACCGAUGGUGCUCUGCUGCACACGCUUUGUGCUCGAGAGCUCUGCUUUAAUUAUUGGCACCAUGGUUGCUUGUGAUUGGUGCAUAAUGAGCCUCAAUUGUGGUUGGUUGGUUUUGUUGUAAAGCAUUGUAAAGGUUAAAGUGCACUGAGCAUGUUUGUUAUUUUAUUGUCCUGCUAAGUAAAUCAAUUAAAGAAGAGUAUUUUGGUGGGACAAACAUUAAUAAAACAAGCGGCUAUGAUGCACAAGCCAAAGUGGAUAAUAUCAUAUCAUUCUAAUAUGUAUGGAAUUUGCAAUUUUUCUUUUUGUUGUUAAGAAACAUGAGGCCUCUUACUUAACUAAGCACUUAACUUCCUAUUGGAACCACUAAGUUACAUUUUGUAUUUUAGGAGGUUAAUAGAUUUACAAUUACUUUUAUUUCAGCCAAAACGGAGGAAGAAAAGCUUGAAAGGAAGAAUGAAGUAGGAACUAAACUUAUAAGGUAGCCAAACACUUUCUAAUUAGACUGCUAUUAUUAAUAAAAUCACCUUUUCUUGUCCUAUUUAUAUUUUGAAACUGUUAUGUGAAGCACACAUCACUCUAAACUUCUUUUAGUGCUUUAGAAGUUACAUCAUAGUGUAGGCAGUAAAUUCUGAUUUUGAAUCAUUAUAUUAAAGAAGAAGGAGAUUUCAAACACCAGAAAGCUCAGAAAAAUUUUCCGAGCUCCAGGUGAGAAUCGAACUCACGACCCUCUGAGUUCUAGUUCGGACCCUCUAACCACUGAGCUACUGGAACUCUAAUGACGAGCAGGGUCAGAAUUUAAAUACAAGUACUCCAGACUUUUAGGAUUGCAUUGGGGACUUGCUAGUGGGCCAGUGUUAAUACUGACCUUUGGUUUGUUCAUAAUACCUAAGUUAAUUGCAAUUUCUAGGUCGUUGUCAUUUGCUAAGUUUUAGUCAGUCUCAUCAGUAAUCAAUGUUGGCCUUUCUUUUCUGUGGCUCUUAAGUAUUUUAAGAUACCUUUCUGUCACUGUUAAGACUUCCUCUUUUGUACUUUGUACUUUGUGCUUUGGAAACGAAAUUGGUUUUAGCUUUAGGUGUGUGCAUCUUAUAUGACUGGCUAUGUGAGCAACAAAAUGAAGCAGAUGCUGUUACUUAUUAGGCUGGACAUGCCUGUCAUGCCUGUAUUGUUCAUCCAAGAUAAUUUUCCCCAUAAGCCAUCCUAUGGAGGUCCAAACUCUGCCGACUGUCUCUUUUGGAGUAAUCUCCACUCACAUUACCCCCCUCCCCCCUGCCCCUGUAAAAAUAUAUCAACCAGGUCUGCAAAUUAUAACAGUGGUGUUACUCAGAACAUUAUACAAUGUCUAACAUGAAGUACAAACCAUAAUAUUCGCUUUUAUGACUUAAUAGUUUUUUCAGUGAUGAAAUUUGUGCAAAAACAUUGCAGCAGAAACCAUUUUGAGUUUUUUUGUUUUUGUUUUUUUGUUGCGAAAGGAAACAGACUAAAUUUGAAACUAAAUCAUGGAAAAUUUUCAAAGUCAUUAUUAUUCUAAGAUUUGGUCUUCUGUAAUUAUGGCAGGAAAUUUCUGCCAUAUCUGAGAGAGAUAACAUAUAUGUUAUUUAAUUGGAUAAUGGCUUUGUUCUUCUGUUCCAUUGUCAUGGUCUUCAACUUUGUGUUAGUCCUCAGCAACUUAAAGCGAAAACUUAACAAAAAUUGAACCAUCUUGACCUUGUACUUGCCAGUGAAUUUUCUGUGGCAUCUGUAAGCUGAGGCUUCUUUUUACUGUGUGUUGAUACAUGUGGCUAAAUUUAAUUUAGGUGAGGUUAAACAUGAGACAAUGCUGGUCAGCGGUCUCCCUUGCUAAUCAUUUGUGGCGCGGUCUAAGGGAUUUUUCAGGGCCCCAGUAUUUUACAGCACUCCUUUGGAGGUCAAGUCAUUUUGCAUACAUUGUCUUUGUCUGUGCUUGUGCCAAAGCCUUUUUGCUCCCAGCCCUUUCCUCCCUCUGCUUUGGUCUUGUUAAGUACCUGAAAACUUUCUAUUGAGGUUCUCAUUAUGAUGGUGGCUGGUGCUUGCCGCUCACAUGCUUGUCAUGGUUACCUUCACGCUUGCUUGCGGCUCCCUCAGUUUACUCAGGCACCUUCCCCACAUUAAGGGUGUCUUGAAAACAAAGACUUGUAAGACCCCCAACCGAAUGACUGAACUUUAUUGAUUAGGCUUAGCAAAGUGAGUGAAUCAGUUCCAUUUAGGUCAUUAUACUGGGUUUCCUAAUCCUAAUCUUAGGGUGUCUGAUGGGUUCUUAGGGGUCUUCGGAAAAUUAUAACAUAAUUUAUUGUAAAAUUGCUUAAGGCCUAUAUUUGGUGAGUUCUUACAUAACCAAUGAAUCGACUUGGGAACCAACCAUUAAUUCUUACUAAAAACAAAAAUGUGUUCUUAAUUUUUUCAGCAGACGUUUUUAAAAAUUUUAAGUGAAUGAAUUAAAUCAAAGAACAUACUCUCACAGCAGAAACUUCCUGUUACUUUAAAUUGUAAAUGUUUAUCUUUUUCAAAGUCCGUCGAAAUUUAUCAUAUACUUCUCUUAUGAGCAAGGGUAUAAUUUAAGUCAAAUUCCAGAAUAUUUCCUGACCACAAUGAAGCUUUUAUAGCAGGUAUUUAAUUCAUGUACCACCAAGAAGCACCUGCUGUGACAUUAUAAAUUCACUGAAGUACUCAAUACUUUGGAAUUAGUAUUACUUACUGUUCAUAUUUCUUGUAUCUUAAAAUGUGUAUUUUAUUUGUCAAUGUUAUUUGAUUGAUGCAUUUGGAGUUUUUCUUUGUGCUUUGUUGUACCACAGCUAACACAACCAAAAUCUGUAGUUCAUGACAUCCAUGCAGUUAAUUAAUAUUCCGUAUCUUGAUGGUUUUUAGUAUUUAGUGCCAGGUGUUGUUUUAAUUAAUUCAAUAAAUAAAUAUACCACCACAGUUUUCAGUGGUUAUAAUAAAAUCCAUGUAAAGAAGCUAACUAUGUAGAUGUAAUUCUUCCUAUUGGAGUGCCAUGGUUACUAAAACACUGUAAUGUGGCCAUUUUUGGGGACGUGAAGUUAGAGACUACCUUAUGCUGCUGCAUCAGCAUUGAGAAUGUCGCAUGUUCUGUUGAGGACAGUAUACUGCUUAGAAUGUGCUGUAGAAUAUACAUUCUACUUUCUUUACAACGGAGCAAAUGAGAACAGUAGUAUGCUUUGUGAUUUGGUCUGGAAUUUGGAAAUAGCACUAUAUUGUUUCAUUUCAAGGUGUAUUCAAUUUUUGUAAGUAACUAACUCUUAAUGGAUAAUUUUAAUGGGUAAUUUUGUGGAAAAAGUAGUAUUAAGCAAAAUUGUUUGAUAUGUCGCUAAAUUUACUCCUGUAACUUCCCAGAGUGCAUAAUUUUAAGUUUAGGUAUAAGUUAGUGCUGUAUCCUUGGUCAUAAGGUUAUAAUGAAUUAACAGUAAGUUGAUGAACCUAGGGAUACAGUGUUUUCUUUCUAAAGUUGAUAUGAAGCUACUUGCAAGACACAAGUUUCAUUUUCCAGAGGUCUGUCUGUUGUUUGAAAAUUUUAAUGCUAUUUUCUUUCUUUCAGCUGAUUUAAGCCAGUGCCUUAUUACUGUCUUGAUAUUAUAUUUUAAUGGAUUUCUGUCUCUGUGGGACAUUCCUUGAAUGCUUUGCUACUUGUGUGUGUUAAUGAUGAUACUGUCUGUCGUUACUAUAAGAUUUAUUGCAGCCAAAAAGAACUGUGAAAUUACAUACAUUUCAGGCAUCCUACUGAUGAACAGUUAGUCCAUUCAGAUAUUUGCAGGACCAUCAGCUAUUCACCUUUUUUCACCUUCAAAACUGAGAGGUGUAUUUGUUAAAAUGUGAUAGAAAGGUUAACACUGUUGUGGCAGACCUUCAUUAACUACCCAGCAGUUACUUUAUGUAAAGUUGUGGUUAUUAUUUUAAAAGGCCGAAAGGGAAACUUGUGACUUUGUUUUGAUGUAGUUACAUCAAACCCUAGAUGACUACAAUCAAAAUUCUUAUUAAUUUCAUGGUCUUAUUAUUAUUGUACUCUGAAAAAUUUUACCAAAGACACUGUUGCUGCAAUAUAGAGCAAUUUUCUGUUGACUUGGAGGACAUUAACAUUAAAUUCUCUUUGCUUUUCUAGGCGUCUCAGUACACGGCCCACAGCACAGGAACUGAGAGAGAGAAAUAUACUUAAAUGUAAGCACAUGUUUUCUUUUUUCAGCUGGCCUUUUUUCUUCUACAAGAUAAACAUUUUGGGUCAGUUAUUUGUAAAUGAAGUCUAACUUAGACAGCAGUUUUGGAAUUAUCUUUGGACCUUAAGAUCUCUUCCUUAGUGGGUCAUUUUAAGAAGACAAACACCAUUUGCUUUUGUGAAACUGUUCACAAUAAAAAAAUUAAUGGUGUUUACAUAAAAGCGUUUAGCAAACUGAAAACGUCUUAGAAUGGGGUUUUAUUAAACACUGGCUAAACUCUGUUUAAAUAACUGGCCCUUUGUUUUGUGAAAGUGACUUUGUUUAGUUUGGUAAGACAAGAUCACUUUUGACUUUUAUUUGGAAAUGAUUACCUAUUUUACGUAGUUUAAAAUGGAUAUGUGGUGGGUCUAAAAUACAGGUCACUUUUACACAGGUCAGGGUACAGGUCACCCUGAUACCAUAAAUGAACAGUAUUAAAUGUUUCUCCUAGCCCUAAUCUCUUAACAAAAUACUCUAUUAGAUUGAGGAGAAUCUGCAUCUGGGCUGUCACUAAGAUUUCAAGUUGCCUGGUAAAUACAACAAGUAGGCAGGGAAUCAAACAGCUAGGGAAUUCUUUUGGUUCUGCUUUCUUCCAUUUUCCUAUGAAAGUAGCGGGGGAAAAUGCAUGAUCUCCGAAAGUCAAUGACAGCCCUGCUGUGUGGUGUGGUUAUUUAUUGAUGGAGCAGUGACCCAGGGUUUGCAAAUUUUAUUGAAGAGUGGAGUCAGUGUGACUUCUGCUUCACAAAUUUUGGAGUCAUUUUGGAAUAUUUGGAGUCAAGUACCACAACGAAAAUAGCCAUUUUCAGACUUUCCAGCAUGCGGUCCUGGCAUGUAUACACUAUCGUGAGGGAUACACGAAAUAGCUGUGGCAGUCCGCUGACCUGGAAAGCUCAAAUCCAUGAUGGCGGUCAUCGAGUAAUCUUUGAUCGUAAUUUACCCUCUUCCUGUUUUGUCGUGCAGUAUAAUUCUUUAUUUUAGAUGAUUUAAUUAAGGUUUACAACGUUUACAAUUAACGUGAAUUGUAUUUGAUGUGAAAAAGGUAAGGACAAAACUGUGCUUGUUACCGCAAAUUUUGUGGAGUCGAAGUGGCUCCCUGUUUGUUACCGAAAAUUUCUCGAGUCGAAGUGACUCCCUCCGUAACCUCCGUGGAGUCAUCUGAACAAUUUUGGCGUAAAUACACCAAAUUUGGCGUAUUUGCGAACCCUGGUGACCUGUACUCUUGACCUGUGGAAUGUGACCUGCACUUUAAACCUGGCCUGUGUGGAGGUGUAGUGGCUGAGCGGUUAAUACUUAGAAAGUUCUCUGGAUCUGGAAGUUCAAGUCUUGCCCUCGCAAAUGUUUUCUUAGACAAGAAACUUUGUUGCACUUUGUCUCUCUUCACCCAGUUUUACAAAUGAGUACUGGCAAUUACCUGCUGGAGGUAACCCUGUUGUCCCAGCGUGUGACUGUUGUUCUCUCUUUAACAGGUGUUGUGCCUGUGACAAGUGUUGUUCCUAUGACAGGCUAUGUCUCUGUGAUGGGGUGUUGUUUUCCCUGUUAUAAGUGUUGUCACAGAUAACCCUGCAGGUGUUGCCCCUGUGAUGAAGCUUAGCAUCUCAUCCAGGGGGGAGUAGCAUUACUUCUAGUCACUUCAUACUGGGAAUUAGGGAUAUGCACUAGCUGUGUGCCGUGUGGGCCGUUUGGCUUGUAUGCCGUUACCUUAGUUUAGAAUUUACCAGAAAAUGAUAUUUUCAUUUAUUUCUAGUUUGAGGCUGACUAAUUUUUGUUUUACCAUUAAAUUUUUUGUAAGGCUUUGCAACUUAGUUUUUGAUGUCUGUUCCGUAAAGUAAAACCUGGGGACAGAGAUAGCACUGUAUAGUUAUGUUUGAAACAGAUCAACAAUAUAAAUUAUACAAACUGAAGAAUAAUAGAUAUUCCAAGGACAACAGUAAAAAUGUGACAUUAAUAGGGAUGUAUCUUAGGAAAAGCUAUGCAGGCUUAUUUAUUAGUUAGCUAUUGUAGCUUGUUACCUUACUUCACUCUCAAAAUUACCUGAGGUCUUUGUUCUCUAGUGCAAUUUGGGCAGGGUUGUAAGUUUUUUUUCAGCGCGAUGAAAUUGGCUGGUAGCGGCCUCACCUUCAUCCCUGCAUUAACUGGACCGGGAAGGUUUCAACAAUUCAUCCUUCACCAUCGAGCAUUGUAAAAUAUUUGUAAAUUGGUGUUGAAUUUUAAUCUGCAUGAGGACAACAAGCAUAAUAUGAUUUUUUCGCAUUGGGUCGUGCAGUAUUCUUUAAAUGAAAUGAAGGGACUUAAAAAAAUUGUCCAGUUUAUUUAUUUGACUUGCCAAGUAACAUCAGGCUUUUGUGUUGAAUUGUUAACUUAACCUUACCUUUCCUCUCCGUGCCUUGUGGCACAUGAGGCCUCUGUAAACUUAACCAACACAUUGCAUUUUUAACAGCAUCUUCAGAAGAAGAGGCACAAGAAGAAAAAGAAGAAAAGAAACGAGUUUUAACAAGAAAGGUGUGUGACACAUGUGUUGUUGAUGAAAGGCAUUAGCUGACAAAUAUCUAAACAUUCACCAUUUGGAAAGGAAUAUCUUGUAAAAUAUUUUUUGUUCUAGGUCCAGUAAUACUAAUUUUAAUGUUGUUUUCAUUAGCUGAGUAGACGACCGACUGUGCAAGAGUUGAGGGCGAAAAAGAUCCUAAAGUUCAAUGAUUAUGUUGAAUGUGUUGAUGUUCAUGACUAUGACAGAAGGUGAGGCCUUUGUUCCUGUUUACAUGUUCUUAAACUGUAAUUUGGAAGAUGGAUAAUUCUUGUACCAGAAGGCUCUAAAAAAAUUCUGAGCUCCAGGUGAGGAUCAAACUCAUUGUCAUUUUUUUACAGACCGUCACCAUUUUUUUUGUAUUUUUUUGUUGCUUUUUUUACGACUGUGGGUAGCCAGGCUCCUGCAUUAGGAAAUGAUACUCUUUUUGUGCGCACAAUUAAAUACUUGAGAGUGCUGUUCACACGUUCAUGUGGAAGUAAGAUGAUCUUCUUUAGAAAAGCAAUUUAUUCAAACAUAAUUUUUUUAAAUGGUAUAGUCCCUUUUUAACUGAUCUCUCUUCAUAGCUGAUGACAAAAGAGAAUGUAAGGGUCAUUGUGCAAAAAGAGAAGGAACUAUGAACUGGUCUCUUUCCCAUGGUUGUUAAUGACUGGAAAGAAAUCUACCAAAAUUUGUAGUGCAUGUUCACAGUUUACUUGUAUAUUGGCAAUUUUAUCAAGUUCCUUCAUUGUUAAUCUGCAAUUCACAAUUAUAUAUUUUAUAAUUCACGAUACUGGCAAUAUAAAAACCAAGAUGGCACAAAAAACAGAGCGAGUCAUGGCUUUAAAUGUAGAACUACUGUAAACACAGUCUUUCCGAGAUUGACCAUGAGGUUGUUGAGGUGCUCCAGUCUUCUUCAGAAUUUAUUGUUGAAACUAUAGGCAAUGUAGUGUGCAUUGGGAGAAUGCUUCUGCGUAGCUCUAGUCUUUCAAUCUUCUUGGUGAAAUUGAGGAAAAUGAUGACAGGAAUUAAGAGAUGGUAAUCCUACAUUCUUUUAGCAUUGAAAUAAUGUGCUCAUUAUUAAUAGCCUGUUCCAGGUGUUCAGAAUGUGGUUCAGGGUUUUAGUGGCGGGAUUCCAAUGUAAAGGAGGGGGAAUAUUUGACUGUCUCGUCACCCUUCCCUUUUGUAAAAUUGAAAAAUUAAUUGAAUUUACGGGCAUGAUAUGUGUAGUGCCAAGAAUCUUUGCCAUCAUUUGCCUUCACAGGGUGUAAAAACUAAAAAAUGAAAGCAAAAACAAGAAUCAAAUCAAUCUUAACCCAAACUCAACUCCAACUCAACUCAGACUUGUAACUUGGUCAUUAUCCUAUCUACUUAUGCAACACACCUCCAUAAAGAUGGAGCUUUAAAUAUAAUUAUUUUUAGUGUAUAAAAAAUUAUCUCAUCAUUCAUCUGACUCCAGCUAAAUGUUUGCUUUAUCAUCAAGGUUCAUCUCACACACGUGACCUGCACUUCAGUUGCCCUGAUAGGUCAAUUACUAGAUCAGUUAUUAUCAUAUAUUAAAAUUCACACUUGACUGCUCAAGACUUGGGGAAAUAAAACAAAUAAAGUGUACCACGAGUUCUAGAGAUAAAUGAAACGUUUCCAUUAAUAUAUUUCCCCUUUCCUGAAUUAUGGUAUACCAUAAAAUGCAUUUAAAUGCAAUUUAAAGGAUUUAACAACUAAGAGCACCUUAAGUGCCUGAGGUCAGCAGUCUUUGGCAUGCACAUGCCCAGUAGCUAGCUAAAUCAAUCAUGUUAUUCAUUGGCACAUUCAGUUUUUCCUUUGGGCUGGGUUCUUUCAGCCAUUUCCCCCUCCUCCUCCCCCUAGGCUGUGUUGUUUUUUCUCCACCUUUCCUUUCAUGUGGGGGCUCAUGGCAGGGUUACACUGUUGUGCCAAUCAUGGGGGCAUUAUUUCAAUGUAGGGGCUGGCUGCCAAUAGUGGAAGCCGCUGGAUACUCAAGGCACCCAACCUCCAUUUUAGCGAUGCAGUUGUUAAAUUCCAAAAAUAAGCCCCUCUUUUUAUAAUCCCCCCAAACUCAUAGCGCAAAAAAAUCCUCUGGUAAAUUGCCCCUUCAAAUAUAAGCCCCCAGGGGCUUGUACUUGGAAAUUGGCCUCAAAUACAAAGUAAAACAAAGAAAAACGUUAAAUUUCCUUCCAAGAAGGCUAGCCCAAUCGAUUUUGAAAUGCAGAUUUCCCUCUGUACAUAAGCCCCUCAAAAAAGGGAAUUUUAUGGUAUUUUGUAAAACUUAUAUUCUAAUUUUGCCCUUGUGUUUUUUUUUUCAUCAUCUGGUUUUAUUUUCUGGAGUUUUGAUGUUCUCAUGCAUACCAUUUAUUUCUUGUAAUAUUUCUUAUUCUUUCAGAGCUGACAAACCAUGGACUAGAUUAACACCAGAAGACAAGGUAAUCCUUUUUUAUUUAUUAUUUGUUCAGCUGUUCUGCUUUGCUAACAGGUUUUCUUAGAACUUAUGGGACUGAUGUUUGAUUAUAUUAUUGACAUAAAUCUGUCCUUUCUAGGCUGCCAUUAGGAAAGAACUCAAUGAAUUUAAAAGUAAAGAAAUGGAGGUUCAUGAGGACAGUAAACAAUAUACAAGGUAA